CUCGCUGGUGCGAAUUCUAGGGUUAGGGUUUGGUUGAACUGUACAAGUUGUCCAAAAUUCCGAUCGAAUAAAGACGCAGAGAUGAGUUCGACGGCUUCAACCAAGGGUGGGCGGGGUAAGUCUAAAUCGUCCAAAUCGGUGUCGAGGUCAAGUAAGGCGGGAUUGCAGUUCCCCGUCGGAAGGAUCGCUAGGUUUUUAAAGGCUGGAAAAUACGCUCAGCGUGUUGGUGCGGGUGCUCCGGUCUAUCUCUCCGCCGUCCUUGAGUAUCUUGCUGCUGAGGUUUUGGAAUUAGCUGGAAAUGCUGCGAGAGAUAAUAAGAAGAACCGUAUUGUUCCGAGGCACAUUCAGCUUGCAGUGAGGAAUGAUGAAGAAUUGAGUAAACUUCUGGGAGCUGUGACCAUCGCAAAUGGAGGGGUUUUGCCGAACAUCCAUCAGACUCUAUUGCCGAAGAAGGCUGGGAAAGGGAAGGGUGAGAUUGGAUCUGCGUCUCAGGAGUUCUAAGAUAUUAUCUCUAAC